UGUUCAUUGUAUCUAGGAUUAUUGUGCAUGAAAAGUUUGGCUGAUGAUUUUAUUUUAUUUUUUUCUUUUUUUUUGUAUAAAUAGGGCAGUAAUUAUAGAGGGAUUAAGCUGUUCUGUUCCUUGUUCUGAUCAUAAUUCUAGCUCGAAAUGGCUCAAAAUGGUACUACUUGUCCAAAGCCAAUGCAGGCUACCUCUACCGGAAUCUUCCAAGGAGAGAACCCUCUUGAUUACACUCUCCCCCUUCUCAUCGUACAAAUAAUCCUUGUCAUUGUUCUCACUCGUACCUUGGCUUUCUUGCUUAAACCUAUGAAGCAACCUCGUGUGAUUGCCGAGAUUAUUGGAGGGGUGCUACUAGGCCCAUCUGCCUUUGGUCGUAGCGAGGCAUUCUUGCAAACUAUUUUUCCUCCCAAGAGUUUGCCAGUAUUAGACACAUUAGCCAAUCUUGGCCUAAUCUUCUUUCUAUUCCUGGUAGGCCUAGAAUUGGAUCCAAAAGCAUUACGACGGACAGGAAAAAAAGCCACAAGUAUUGCUCUUGCAGGCAUUUGUUUGCCCUUUAGUAUGGGAAUUGGUACUUCAUUUUUCCUCAGGGCAACCGUUUCAAAAGGAGUUAGCCAAGGUCCUUUCAUUGUAUUCAUGGGAGUCGCGCUUUCUAUCACAGCCUUUCCUGUCUUAGCCCGUAUCUUAGCUGAGCUUAAGCUCCUUACCACUGAUUUGGGUCGUAUGGCCAUGUCAGCUGCUGCAAUCAAUGAUGUGGCAGCCUGGAUUCUCCUUGCACUAGCUAUUGCUCUAUCUGGCACUAAUAAAUCUCCUCUAAUAUCCUUAUGGGUUUUCUUGUGUGGUGCAGCUUUUCUUGGCUUGUGUAUUCUUAUAAUCCCACGUGUCUUUAAAUGGAUAACCCGACGUUGCCCUGAUGGAGAGCCCGUGGAUGAAAUCUUCAUAUGUGGUACGUUAGCUGCAGUUUUGGCAGCUGGGUUUGUGACCGAUUCUAUUGGAAUUCAUGCACUUUUUGGGGCAUUUGUUCUUGGAAUCCUAGCUCCAAAGGAUGGGCCAUUUGCCAGUGCCUUGGUAGAAAAGGUUGAGGAUCUUGUGUCUAGCCUCCUCCUACCUUUGUAUUUUGCUUCGAGUGGUCUUAAAACAAAUGUAGCCACCAUUCAAGGGGCUCAGUCUUGGGGACUUCUACUUCUUGUUAUACUAACUGCCUGCUUUGGUAAGGUUGUUGGGACUGUUGUUGUUUCGCGCCUCUGUAAAGUGCCUCUUAGUGAGGCUAUUGCUCUCGGGGUUUUAAUGAACAGCAAAGGUUUGGUGGAGCUAAUUGUCCUGAAUAUUGGUAAAGAUCGAAAGGUGUUAAAUGAUCAAACUUUUGCUAUUAUGGUUUUGAUGGCUCUAGUUACCACAUUCAUGACAACACCAAUCAUGAUGGCAGUGUAUAAACCAGCUAAGCGAGGACGCACAUAUAAACUAAGAACUGUUCAAAGAAAAGACCCUAGCAGUCAACUCAGAAUCAUGGCAUGCUUCCAUAGUGGAAGGACAAUCCCAACAAUAAUCAACUUAAUUGAAGCUUCCCGAGGAACAGAGAAUAAACAAGGGCUUGCAGUCUAUGCAAUGCACCUUAUGGAGCUCUCGGAGAGGCCUUCUGCUAUUCGGAUGGUUCACAAAGCUCGAAACAACGGCCUUCCCUUCUGGAAUAAGGGGAUGCAGUCAGACCCAAACCAAGUUACAGUGGCCUUUGAGGCAUAUGGGCAGCUUAGUCGGGUCCAAAUCAGGUCAAUGACAUCAAUCUCCCACUUCUCUGACAUGCAUGAAGACAUAUGUGUUAGUGCUGAGAGCAAGACGGCUGCCCUCAUUAUCCUUCCCUUCCACAAGCACCAGAAGGUCGAUGGCUCAUUAGAAACUAUAAGGCAUGAAUAUAGAGUAAUCAACAAAAAGGUCCUUGAAAAUGCUCCUUGCUCAGUUGGUAUAUUAGUAGACCGAGGGCUAGGUGGUUCUUCGCACGUGUCAGCAAGCAGUGUCGAUUCUACCAUCACUGUUUUUUUCUUUGGUGGACCUGAUGAUCGUGAGGCAUUGGCCCUUGGUCAACGGAUGUCUGAGCACCCCGGGAUCACCCUGAUUGUAGUCCACUUCAGGGCAGACCCCAACAUGGAAGGAGGUGAAAAGGUGGCUGUUGAUGUGAGUGAUAGUAGUAGCUGCAGUGCACACUCCAAGGCACCUGAUGAAGAAGCCAUAAAUGCUAUUAAACAAAAAUUAUCCAAGAAUGGGUCAGUUAAGUACGAAGAAAGAGAAGUGAAAACAAAUUCUGAAACUGUCGAAAUUAUCAAGGAAUUUAGCCGUUGUCAUAUGGUCUUGGUUGGACGAUCACCUGAAGGUAUUGUGGCUGCUACUUUCAGUAUUAAUGUAAAGACUAGGUACCCUGAAAUAGGCCCAAUUGGGGGAUUGUUGAUCUCUCAAGAUGUCUCAGCAAAUGCUUCUGUUUUGGUGAUGCAUCAGUACAAUGUUGGUUCAAGACCAGUAUCCAUAGACAUGGAAGAGCGAAGUGAUGAGGCUGAAACCGAAUAAGUGAUUGAUUCGAUUAAUUUCCUUCAUUCAAAAUUGAAUCUUUUACUCAUUGCUUAUUGGUGUCUACGAUGUAGAUAUAUAUGUACAUAAUCCAUAAUAUCAACCAGAGACUUCGGAAUAACAAUUUCUGGAGUAUUUCUUUGUUUAUAGUCUUUUUCCAAAGUUGUUGAAUUAACUUCUAUGAAAAUCUUAUUGCAUUUAUUAUGUAAAAGAAUCUGGUAUAAGUCACUGAGCUGAAAUGAAGCUUGAGCUUUUCACAAUCUCAAACUGUAGAAGUAUAUA